AUGGCAGGCGGACGGGAGUGGGAGGAGGAAAGCGAGGCUGAGCCUUCCGACGCCUCGGACUUCGAACCCUCGGCUGCAGCCUCCAGCGAGGAUGAGGACGAAGAGAUGGGGCAGGGCGAGGAGGAGGAGGAGGAGGACGGCGGCGCGGCCGGCGACGGCGAGGGCGCCGCCGAGCGCCCCGCCACGCAGGCGGAGCUGGAGGAGCGGCGCCAGCAGAACAUCCGUGCCAUGGUCAGCGGCACGGGGCUGGCCCUGCGGCGCCAGGCCCUCCUGCCCAGGAUGCUCACCGUGCAGCAGGUGGCGGUGGUGCUGCGCCGGCCCUUCAAGUCCCCGCACCCAAACGCGCCCGCGGUCUCCCAGGCUCUCAAGCGCAAGCUGGCUGCACGCAACACCUUUGUGCCCUGGGGCGGCGGCAAGUUUGUGCCCCUCAAGCUGUCCAUGCCGCCCCGGGAGCCGGAGCCGCUGCCAGAGGGGGCGUCGGCGGCAGCAGCGGCAGCGGGAGCGGCGCAGCCAGCGGCGGUGGUGCUGCCGCCGGGCGUGGAUCCGCUUGUGCUGUGGGCGCCGCCGGCAGGGGCAGAAGGGGAGCCUGUGCGGGUUGACGACAUGCUGACCCAGUUCCUGCGCCCCCACCAGCGCGAGGGCGUGCAGUUCAUGUUUGAGUGCGUCACCGGGCUGCGGUCCUUCCAGGGCCAAGGCUGCAUCCUGGCAGAUGACAUGGGCCUGGGCAAGACGCUGCAGGGCAUCAGCCUGCUGUGGACGCUGCUGAGCAGCAGGGGCCACCUGCUGCUGGGCGGCGACCCCGUCGCCAAGCGAGUCAUCAUCUGCUGCCCGACCUCGCUGGUGGGCAACUGGGACAGCGAGUGCCAGAAGUGGCUCAAGGGGCGCGUGCGCACGCUGCCGCUGUGCGAGAGCUCGCGGGACGAGGCGCUCGCCUCCAUCUCCCAGUUCCUGUCGCCGCGCAACCCCUACCAGGUCAUGAUUGUGAGCUACGAGACGUUCCGCAUCCACGCCGAGCGCUUCCAGGCCGAGGGCACCUGCGACCUGCUGAUCUGUGAUGAGGCGCACCGCCUGAAGAACGACGCCACGCUGACCAACCGCGCGCUGGACAGCCUGGCCUGCCGCCGCCGCGUGCUGCUCAGCGGCACCCCGCUGCAGAACCGGCUGGACGAGUUCUACGAUGCGGGGGAGGGCGAGGUGGCGCUGUGCCGGGAGCGGACCACCGAGCUGUCGGCGCUGGUCAACGAGUUCAUCCUGCGCCGCACCAACACGCUGCUGUCGGAGCACCUGCCACCAAAGGCGCGUCUGUGGGGGCGGUGUGUGGUGGAGAUUGUGUGCUGCCGGCUGACGCCGCUGCAGCGCGCCCUGUACUGCCACUUUUUGGAGUCCAAGGCCGCGGCCGCGCUGUUUGCCACACAGAAGGCGGCCCGCGUGCUGUCGGCCAUCACCUCGCUGCGCAAGCUGCUCAACCACCCCAAGCUCAUCUGGGACGCGCUCAACAGGCGCGCCGCGCUUUCCUCCCUGCUGCGCCCUUGGGGCGUGGGCAAGCCUGGGGAGGAGCAGCUGCGGCUGUGGGCCCACCACAGCACCACCGCCACCGUGCCAGACCAGGUGCUGCGCCGCAUCGGCGACGAUCACGUCUCCUUUGUCUUCUCUCUGGAGGUGGACGGCAGGGAGGUGCCGCCAGAGCCGCCGCUGGAGCCGCUGCCACAGCGUGCGCAGCAGCAGGGGCACGCCACGCACGGCGGCCGCCUGCACCGGCAGCCGGUCCCCGGGGCGAUGCCGGCGGCGGCGCGGGCGCCGCCGGCGGCAGCCGCGGCGGCCGCGCUGGCCGCGCGGCAGGCGGAGCAGGCGGCGGCGCCGGCGGCGCCCGUGCCACAGCAGCAGCAGCAGCAGAAGCAGCAGCAGGGGCCAGCCAAGGAGAAUGCGGCAUCCAAUGCCGCCUUGGCGUCAGGUUCCAGGCUGGCGCUGCCCGGCCGCAAGCUGCAUCAGCAUGCGGCGGCCGCGGCCGGCGCCGGCGCCAAGCGGCCGCCAGGGCUGGCGGCGGCGGUGCAGCAUGCGGUGCACACCGUCUCUGACAGCGACGAUGAUUUCAAGUAG